CUCAAAGCUCCUUUUUCCGCUUCCUCUUUCUCUGCACCAGACGCACCCAGUGGCAGGGUCUGCAGACACCCACCCUGGUCUGAGCGGAAGGUCCCCAGGAGUUUGGAGGUGUGAAGAUGCGCAGGAUCAGCUUCCUGGUGUUCUGGCUGUGCUGCUUAGUGCCCUCGUCGGAGGGCGUAAACCCGGGAUUUGCAGGCAGAAUCACCAAGAAAGGAUUGGAUUAUGCAUGCCAAGAGGGAGUCGCAACCUUGCAGAAGGACUUGCCUGGGAUCACUCUGCCUGAAUUCUCCGGCACCUACAGAGUUAAAAUUAUUGGAAAUGUCAACUACAGGUUCUACAGUCUUAACAUUCGUAGGUUUGAGCUGUUCCACUCAACAAUUGAGCCCAUGCCGGGCCAGGGCCUCAGGGUCUCCGUCAACAAUGCUUUGGCUGAAAUGACCGGCCGUUGGGAGCUGAAGAAACGUUGGCUGAAGGAUGACGGCCCCUUUGAACUGAAGGUUGACGGCAUCUCCAUUUCGGUGGGCUUGAAGCUGGGGAGCGAUGGCACUGGGAGACCAGCGGUUACCCCCUUGGAUUGCAACACCCACAUUUCCAACGUCGACAUUGAUAUUUCUGGCAAAUGGGAGUGGCUGUAUAACCUCUUCGAAAGCAAAGUGGAAUCAGCUUUCAAGACAGUCAUGGAAAGGAAGCUGUUCACACAAAAACACCAUUCAGAAGUGCACCUGGCUCAACAGUUGCCCAAAAUAGCCAACACAGACUAUCCUACAGAAGGGACCAAGUUCCUUGAUGUCAUCCCUAUGUUGUCUUUCCUCCCAGUUACCGCCAAUAUCGACCCCACAUCAAGCAUCGAUUAUUCUCUGGUUGGGCCACCAGUUGCGACAAGUGAUUGCGUAGACCUGGACCUCAAGGGUGAAUUCUUCUCCACCGCCCAUCGUUCUCCUGCUCCUUUUCCACCGCCUCCUCUGUCUUUUCCGGUGGAUCACAACCGCAUGGUCCAGUUUGGGAUCUCCACUUACUUCUUCAACACAGCUGGCGACGUCUACUACAAAGCAGAAUCCCUGACCUUCUGGGUCGUGGAUGAGAUGGUUCCUCAGGAGAUUAAAAUGCGGCUGAACACCUCCUCCUUCCAACCCUUCAUCCCGCAGCUGAAGAAGCUCUACCCCAGCAUGCCGAUGAAGCUGAAGAUCUCCCCUUCUGCGGCCCCAUCUCUGAGCAUCACCCCCGAAACCCUCUCACUGACCCCUUCGGUUGACAUGCAGGCCUUUGCGAUUCUCCCAAAUUCUUCCCUGGCACCCCUCUUUCUGAUCGGAGUGCUGAAGAAGCUCUACCCCAGCAUGCCGAUGAAGCUGAAGAUCUCCCCUUCUUCGGCCCCAUCUCUGAGCAUCACCCCCGAAACCCUCUCACUGAUCCCUUCGGUUGACAUGCAGGCCUUUGCGAUUCUCCCAAAUUCUUCCCUGGCACCCCUCUUUCUGAUCGGAGUGACCAGCCAAGUUUCUGCCAACGUUGCUGUCAAUUCUACCAGGAUCUUUGGAAACCUGAAGCUUAGCAGGUUGAAGUUCUCCUUAAAGCACUCAGAUGUUGGCUUCUUCUCAGUACAAUUGCUGGAAUCCCUUAUAAACUUCCUUACGGCCAGCAUCCUAAUUCCACAAAUGAAUGCCCGUCUGGAUGAAGGGUUUCCUCUCCCCCUCCUGGACCAGCUGGAGCUCUCCAACCCUGUUCUUCAGGCUCACCAGGAUUUCCUGGUCUUUGCAUCAGACGUGCGCUAUGGAUAGAGAAGGCGCAAAGGAGAAACAGGGAAAAAUAGGAGGAAAUGGAGGAAUACUAUCCCUACUUCUGGUUCCACUGGAGUUCGGUUUGGGGUGUUUUUUUUUUUUUUACAUUUAUAUCCCGCCCUUCUCGGAAGACUCAGGGUGGCUUACAGUGUGUAAGGCAAUAGUCUCAUUUUAUUUGUAUAUUUACAAAGUCAACUCAUUGCCCCCCCCAACAAUCUGGCUCCUCAUUUUACCUACCUUAUAAAGGAUGGAAGGCUGAGUCAACCUUGGGCCUGGUGGGACUUGAGCCUGCAGUAAUUGCAGGCAGCUGUGUUUAAUAAUCUUACAGCCUGAGCCACACCGCAGUUCUGCAGAAUUUUCUCCAGGAACAGCCCUUUUAACAUGGAAUUCUCUCCCCCCACCACCAUUGCUACAAUCUCUUGAAGGCUGAUGACUGCUGUAAUCCCAGGCAUCUCAGGGGCACCGAGUUGGGGAAGGGGACUCCAAUGGCAAGAAUAUUAAUUUCUUCAUUUUCCACCCGGCCCUUUUGGCCAAAGUUUCAAGAAUUCCCCAUUUGCAAGUAGAUGGAUUCCUUAGAGCACAGCUGGCUGAGGAAUUGUGGGAGUUGAAGUCCACCAGUCUUAAAGUUGCCAAGUUUGGACACUUAGAGGAAUCCUUGGACAUUAUCUAGUCUGCUGUCACUGGAAAAUAACCUGGGGUCAGGCAGGAGGUAGUAGUGUGGUAUCAGGGUCCAUAGAUUUGUGGGGUCUUUGGGAGUCUGGUUGUUUCCUUCCAGACAUUCUAUUAUUAAACUAGGUUCUACACAACCUUCUAGCACUGAUGAUGUUAUCUAGCUGGGUAAUGAAAUGCCUACAAGAAAACUACCAAGCUCAGAGAGCACCAAGGUGCUCACAGUCUCCCCCCUUCCCCCUCUUCCUACUCAUCUUCCUCCUCCUCUUCCUCCCCUUCUUCUCCUCUUCCUCCGCCUCUUCUCUCCACAAACACUACUCCCUUUAGCACUGAUGAUGUCACCUUGUUGGGUAAUAUAACAUCUGUAAGAAAAAAAAAACCAAGCAAGCUCAGAGAGCAUCAAAGACCAAUCAAUCCAAAUAGAGCUGAAAGGGACCUUGGAGGUCUUCUAGUCCAGCCCCAUGCUCAAGCAGGAGACCCUGUGCCAUUUCAGAUAAGUAACUAUUUAGUCUCUUCUUGUACACCUCCAGUGACGAAGCACCCACAACUUCUGGAGGCAAGCUGUUCCACUAGAUAAUUGUCCUCACUGGAAGAUCUCUGUCGUGUCCCACUCCUCCGCUGACGGCUGGGUCAGGGAAAUCCGAAUCAGGUGUGCCUCUGCAGCUCUGCCCAAAGUCCUAGCAAAGUCCUCAAGACAGGCAGGAGACCAGAAAGUGACUUCAGCAAGAUAUGUUUAGACUUUGCCUGACUCAGAGAAUGCCAGAAAGCAGGUCCUUUAUAUAGGCCAUGGGGUGUGGCUCCAUGACUCAGCACUUAUCCAGGCCUGCCCCUCCCUUCCUUCUGUUGCCUCCGCCUAUCAAGUCUUCUGACGCGAGGGUCACUCCAGUCGGCAGCUGUUGGUAAUUGACCUUCCUCAGGCUCACAUGCUGUGGUGGAGGGGGAGGGGUCUAGUUGCUCCGUUUGCCUGGGCAUGGAGCCAGAGCUGGGGGCUGGAGAUACUUCCUCCUCUUCAGCCUGUCUGGGCAUGGAGCCAGGGCUGGGGCCGGGAGGCAUACUAGGACAUUCUUCAGCGUUCGGAAGCAGAUAAGCAGACCCCGGCUGUGGUGGUGAGAUCGGACGAGACACAACACUCUCCUCCUCCUCUUCCCAUUCUCCUCCUCCCAUCCUCCUCCUGCUCCUCCUCUUCCUCCUCUCCAUAAACCCCACUCCCUUCUAGCACUGAUGAUGUUCCCUAGUUGGGUCAUGAAAGGUCUGCAAGAAAACCACCAGGCUCAGUGACCCCCAAGUCAAAUGUUUGGCACAAUCCUCCUCCUUCUCCUCCUGCUCCUUCUCCACAAACUCCACUCCCUUCUAGCACUGAUGAUGUUACCUAGUUGGGUCAUGAAACAUCUGCAAGCAAACCACCAGACUCAGAGAGUACCAAGGACCCCACUGUCUUCCUCCUCCUCCUCCUUCCCACCUCUUUCUCCUCCACCACCUUUUGCCUCUUCCUCCUCCUCCCCUUCUCCUCUACUCCACAAACCCCCCUCCCUUCUAGCACUGAUGAUGUUACCUAGUUGGGUCAUGAAACGUUUGCAAGAAAACCACCAAGCUCAGGGAUGACCAAGAACCCUUCAGUUCAUCCCUGAGCUACAAAUAUUCUUGUCUGUUGGAGUUAACAUUUGUGUCUGUCCAUGCUUUCAGCCAUUUGCACCUUUGAACAGCUCAAAAUAAUAAUAAUAAAAAAAUCACCUGGAAGCAAAUACUAGACAACUAGUGCUUGACAGCUGAGGUGAGGAAGACGUGCAUAAGUGUAGGUAAGUGUGUGUGUGUGUGUAUGUGUGUGUGUGUGUGUGCAUGCACAUAUGAAAAAGAGCAAAUAUGCAUUGUCACCAGCAAAGUUUUCUUGUUCCUUUAAUUCCAUCAGGUCUCCGAGUUUUCCAAAGAACCAGUUGUGGGUCUCUGUUGGUUGAAAGUGAUUUGAGUGUGGCUGUUGACCUGGACUGGGAGUUUGUGUGUGAAUGCAUGUAAGUUGAAUCUGGGAGCGUAUGUGUAACCCCAUUGCUUGCCACUUUCACUCCUUGGAGAACAGUAAUAAGAGGCCACAGAGACAGGCACAAAUCUUGCUUUUUGGAUGCUUGAGGAAGGUCUCCUGAAGGUUAUCAUCUUGAAACAGAAGGUAAAACACGACAACCUGGAAAGUUCACUGCUGGAUUAGCAGAUGUCCAUCUCUGCACAAAUCUUGCUUGCUGCAAAACUAGACCGUUAAAAUCUAGAGCAAUUCUGAUUUAAAACUCUGGUUUUUGGGUGGGUGGGUGGAUGGAAGAGAGAACAAAAGGAAAAGAAAGGGAA